CACUCAAGUCCCCAAUAUUUAACAAAUUUGUGAUCAGCAACCACAAUAGACAAAAGCUUCUAAUUAUCUCCACCCUGAAUUUCUCCUGCAGAACAAGGAUCGCCAUGGGAGAGAAUUCGAGCAGGAAGAAGAAAAGAAAACAAGAAGAAUCAGUCACUUCGUCGUCUGAAUCAUCUUCCCAAUCUGACUACGAAAUUGAUAGCUCCUCCGAGGAUGAAAAACGGCGGAAGCGUCGGCACAGACGGCGUCGCGAGGAGGAGAGGAGUCGGAGGAGCGAUAAGCAUAGGGAGAGGACGAAGAGAGAAAGGAAGCAUAUGAAGAGGCGGAAGCAUAGAGGCAGCAGCAGCAGUAGGAGAUCGAGACGAGAGGGCAAGAGGAAAUAUUCAGAUUCUGAUGAGUCGGACUCCAGUUCCGGGUCGGACUGUGAUGAUUCCCAGCUUGAGCGGCCAAGGGAGAGUCCUGAGAAUGUGGUCAAAGGCAUAUUACAGGAGUUCCCUACUGUAGCUAGUGAUUUGGAACAGCUUUUACAAAUGAUUGAUGAUGGACAAGCUGUAGAUAUAAGGGGUUUAUCUGAAAAAUUGUUGGUCAAGCGUCUGCGAAAGCUGUUCCUCUCCUUAAACCUUAAGGAAAUAGGUGAUCAUGUCUUUCUGUUACCAUCAAAAGCAUUUCCUACUUUGGAGACUGUAGGACCCUUAAUCCACUCCCAAGUGCAACUUCAAAGUCAGGAGUUUCAUCGGAAUGAUGAGCAGUCCAAGCCAUUGGAUUCAGGAGUUGGACAGGAAAAUUGUAAUGUCAAUUUGAGUUUGCCAACUGAUAAUGCUACCACUUACAAUGCUAAUUUAAGCUUUCCUGCCGAAGAAGAUACUGGCCCCCCAAAAAGGGUGAUUGGUCCUGCAAUGCCUUCUGCAGAACUACUUGCUGCCGCGGCUAAGUUGACUGAAGCACAAGCAGAGCUGAGGGAUGUUGAGCUGGAAGAAGAUACUGAAUUGUUUAUAGGACCUCCACCUCCUGCUUUGGUGACUGAGGUAGAAUCAGCAAACGAGGCUGAGCGUUUUGAAGAGGUUACAAGAAUCACAGGAGCAGAUGCAGACAACUCAUAUGAUGUUUUGGGUGUGAACAGAAAUAUGUUGAGUGAUAACAUGAAGAAAAGGUACUGGAAGUUGUCUCUUAUGGUGCAUCCUGAUAAGUGCACUCAUCCUGAAGCUCACCAAGCAUUCAUCAAGCUGAACAAAGCCUUUAAAGAUUUGCAAGAUCCAGAUAAAAGGAAAGUGUUGGAUGAGAAAAUAAAGCGCAAGGAAGAACAAGAGGAAAUUAAGGCAGAUUUGCAGGCUAUGUGUGAAGCUGCCCAAUGGAGACGUCUGCAAGGUAUCUCCAUGGAAGGUGAUGAUCUGCUGUUAGCAGAGAUGGAGGUCAAAGUUGCACCAAAAAGAGAUGAAUGGAUGACAACACUGCCUCCUGAAAGAAAAGCUGGCGUCGUGAGCAUGCACUCAACGACGAGCUUUAGCAAGAGCUCGAAAGAAGGCCGUGGUGAUACCAGUGCCUGGACAGACACCCCAUCAGAUCGAGCUCAGAAAGCCAAAAUGAAUUAUUUGGAAGCCUUCAAUGAGGCUUCAGCACUUGCUUCUAAAGAACAGCAAGAAAAGAGUAGAUCAAGUGUUGAUGCUGAACUGGUGGAACAGUAUAAUAAAGCGAGACGAUCAAAAUCUAUGGUAGAAAAGCACCAAGAGACUGCUCGGACCAAGUCAAAGAAAAAAUCUAAGCAGGAAUCAGUGAAAGAAGAAUGGCAAGGAAAUCAUCCAUGGAAACCUUGGGAUCGUGAGAAGGAUUUGACAGCCGGAAGGCAAAAUGCUAAGCUUGAUGCUGCGGACAUGUCUCAGGGUCUCACUUCCAGGUUUUCUUCUGGAUCCUUCCAAAGGAACUUCCUCUAGAAGAGUUGUGGUCAUCUUUGAUAUUUGAUUUGUAUUGGCCCUUAAUAUAUUUUAGCUUGAAAGAGAUAUCCUGAACGUGCAUCCUCAAGUAGAUCCAUCAAUUUUUCUUGAAGAGGUGUAUGUGUAACCAUUGAGCUGCAGCUGAUAAGUUGCAGAAUAAAAUUGUUGUUUUGAGUUUUCUUAUUUCUCUUUAAAGCAUCGAAUCUUAUCUUUGCGCA